AUGACGCCAGGGUUAUUGAUUUGCCGUCCUCCCAGAUACCCCAGCAAGUCCGAAGACAUUAUAGCACGGAGGCUCGACACCAAGGCCUUUGUCGACGCGGCUCUGGCUCAGCGGAUUCUGAACGGGUCACAUUCUGUCCCCAACGGCGGCUGGAGCACGCCCAUCGCCUCCAUUAUCCGCGACGACUUCGUCCUGCAGGACGAGCGCCUUUGGCACAUUCGUCUUUUAGUUCCGAGAUCUCCGGUAUGGCAUUGCCAUAUUUGGAAAUACCGCCGGCACUUUGAACUCGGUCGAGACGCACCUCUCGCCGAGGGUGAUCGAAGACAGGCUCGAGGUUCCCAAGGACCGCCGCAUCGACGUAUCAGGCCAGAGCGCCAGAACCUCCGGGACAAAAUCGUCAACGCUUUCGACGUGCUAUACACUGAGAGACGGUCGCCCAGAAUCCCGCCAACCCAAAACAGCACCCAUCUCGCCGGCACAAACUUGGACCUGGGCUACGGAACCAUACAGCUCAAGGAGACAACAGGCCCUGAGGACGCGGUGUCCACGGUCCUCGUCGGCAGCAACCGCAGCGGCAUCAUCAUCGACUCCGACGUGCUCCUGCGGCACGUCUCGGUAGGCUACUGGGUCCUCUAUCUCAGCUCCGCAGAGGUGCCUCGGGAAAUUGGCGCCGCCCUCGCCGCCGAGUUCAAGUUUGGCAGCGACGGAAACGCCUCAGCCCUCAAGAUCAUCUGGGACCAGGCCAAGCCGGGUCUGCGCGAGGUCAAGGUCCUCUUCAACAAGGUAGAAUAG